GAACCAUCUUCGGCUGCGCCACUGCUCUAACCUAAACCUCGAUUCUAGUAGAAGCCUCUAGAACCCUAUCCUUCGUUGCCUUCCCUUCCCUUCCCUCUAUUUAAAACCUCUUUCUCACUCAAAUCUUCAAAAGGCCACUGAAUCUCUUUCCCUUCUCAUCCUUCCUGAAUUCCCCCAAUUCUCUUUGCGCGAUUUCUCUUUCUACCUUCCCCAAGCUGCAUCCAAUGGAAGACGACUUCGACCUCCCCACUGCCGGCGACGACAUGAUGAACGAAGACCUCGAUCUCGGCGAUGACGCUCCCGCUCUCAAAGUCGGCGAGGAGAAGGAGAUCGGAAGUCAAGGCUUGAAAAAGAAGCUCGUAAAGGCAGGUGAAGGCUGGGACACUCCCGAUAAUGGCGAUGAGGUGGAAGUUCACUACACGGGGACAUUGCUGGACGGGACCAAGUUCGAUUCUAGUCGGGAUAGGGGGACGCCUUUCAAAUUUACCCUUGGUCAAGGACAAGUAAUUAAAGGAUGGGACGUGGGGAUCAAGACGAUGAAGAAAGGAGAAAAUGCAGUUUUCACAAUUCCUGCCGAUCUGGCUUAUGGUGCUUCAGGCUCCCCACCGACUAUUCCCCCAAAUGCCACCCUUCAAUUUGAUGUUGAAUUGCUCUCUUGGAGUAGCGUCAAGGACAUCUGCAAGGACGGUGGAAUAUUCAAGAAGAUCGUUGUUGAAGGAGAGAAAUGGGAAAACCCCAAGGACCUGGACGAAGUGUUUGUGAAAUAUGAAGUUCAGCUCGAGAAUGGUACUUUUGUUGCCAAGUCUGAUGGAGUAGAGUUUACUGUCCAGGAAGGUCACUUCUGUCCUGCUCUGGCAAAGGCUGUGAAGACGAUGAAAAAGGGAGAGAAAGUUGUUCUUACCGUGAAGCCGCAAUAUGGAUUUGGAGAAAGUGGGAAGUCGGCAUCUGCUGAUGGAGGUGCUGUCCCCCCUAAUGCGACGUUGCAGAUAACCCUUGAGCUGGUUUCAUGGAAGACUGUAUCUUCCGUAACUGAUGACAAGAAGGUCAUCAAGAAAAUAGUGAAGGAAGGAGAGGGAUAUGAGAAGCCUAAUGAUGGCUCCGUUGUUCAAUUGAAAUUGAUUGGGAAGUUGCAAGAUGGUACAGUGUUUCUGAAGAAAGGUCAUGAGGAUGGUCAAUUGUUUGAGUUUAAAACUGAUGAAGAGCAAGUGAUUGAUGGGCUGGAUAGAGCUGUGAUGACAAUGAAGAAAGGUGAGGUGGCUCUGCUGACCAUUGCCCCAGAGUACGCAUUUGGGACCUCCGAAUCAAAACAGGAUUUGUCUGUCGUGCCUCCCAACUCAACCCUCCACUAUGAGGUUGAAUUGGUUUCAUUUGUCAAGGAGAAGGAAUCCUGGGACAUGAACACACAGGAGAAAAUUGAAGCUGCCGGCAAAAAGAAGGAAGAAGGAAAUGUACUUUUCAAGGCUGGUAAAUAUGUAAGGGCCUCUAAGAGAUAUGAGAAGGCAGUAAAAUUUGUAGAAUAUGACACAUCCUUCAGUGACGAGGAGAAGAAGCAAUCUAAGGCACUGAAAGUUGCUUGCAAUUUGAAUGAUGCAGCUUGCAAGCUGAAACUGAAAGAUUAUAAAGCAGCAGAGAAGUUAUGCAGCAAGGUGCUGGAAAUGGAUAGCCGCAAUGUAAAAGCUCUGUAUAGGAGAGCCCAGGCCUACAUCCAGUUGGCGGAUCUGGAGCUGGCAGAGUUUGACAUCAAGAAAGCUCUUGAGAUCGAUCCGAAUAACAGGGACGUGAAGCUGGAGUACAGGACUUUGAAGGAGAAGAUGAGAGAGUACAAUAAGAAGGAUGCCAAAUUCUAUGGGAAUAUGUUCGCCAAGAUGAAUAAGAUGGGCCCUCUAGAUUCCAAUAAGGAGGUGCCAAUGAGCGUGGACAGCAAAGCAUAAGAAGGGAAAGAAGCAGAUUGUGGAUGAGGAUGGGAAAUUGGGAAUCAUUGAGAGCUUGUACUGCUGCUAUUGUACCAAUCUUUGUUUGGGAUUGUUGGUUGCUUUUGCUUUCUUGUGUUUUCUCCCCUUCUCUCCUGUUUGUGUCCCCUUUCGCCUCUUGAUGGGUAGCUCAAUUAGAAACUGGUAGAGACUUGUUUUGGCUUGGUGUAAUGGACAACUACUUAAGAAAUCCUAAUUCAACAAUAAGCACCAGUUUUUUCUUUGACGUCUCAGAAGCGACGUAUCUGUAGCAAAUGAUGUGUCCGAUUAUACAUUCAAAUAAUAAUUCAAGGGCAGGACGUCACAGAAGCAAAAA